CAUUUAUUGCUCUACAUUGCAACAAUGAACAACAUUACCACCGACGAGAUGACGCGACUGCCGGAGUCGAUAAAUUUUCCGGCGGAAGAGGAAAAAGUGCUUGCGUACUGGCAGAAUGAAAAGGUUUUUGAGAACUGUCUGAAGCAAUCGAAGGGUAAACCGAGAUACACGUUCUACGAUGGACCACCGUUUGCUACGGGUCUUCCGCAUUACGGGCACAUUCUGGCCGGUACAGUGAAGGAUAUAGUGACACGCUAUGCACACCAGCAGGGAUACCACGUGGAACGUCGGUUCGGUUGGGAUUGUCACGGGCUGCCGGUGGAGUACGAGAUUGACAAGACGCUGAACAUUCGUGGACCGGACGACGUGGCACGGAUGGGCAUCAAGGCGUACAACAACGAGUGUCGGAAGAUUGUGAUGCGGUACGCGAACGAGUGGGAGCAAAUCGUCGGUCGGAUGGGAAGGUGGAUUGAUUUCAAGAACGAUUACAAAACGCUCUACCCGUGGUACAUGGAGUCCAUCUGGUGGGUGUUUAAGCAGCUGUACGCGAAAGGGUUUGUGUACCAGGGUGUGAAGGUGAUGCCAUACUCGACUGCCUGUACGACGGCCCUGUCUAACUUUGAAUCGGGUCAAAACUACAAGGAGGUAACGGAUCCGGCAGUGUUUGUCUCGUUCCCGCUGGUCGGUGAUAAGGAUGGUGCGGCACUAGUCGGUUGGACGACCACCCCGUGGACGUUGCCCUCUAAUCUGGCCUGCUGCGUACAUCCAGAGCUGGUGUAUGCGAAGGUUCGCGAGACGAAGACGGGCAAGGUAUACGUUAUGAUGGAGUGUCGUAUAGAGUCGCUGUUGAAGGGGCCGGAGAAUUACACGGUUCUCGAAAGCUUCCCCGGAUCGAAGCUUGCUGGUUUACAGUAUGAGCCGCUGUUUGAUUAUUUCCGGAAGUACGAGAGUGUCGGAUUCCGCGUGCUUACGGAUACGUACGUAACGGAGGAAUCUGGUACGGGAGUGGUCCAUCAGGCGCCUUAUUUCGGUGAGGACGAUUACCGCGUGUGUUUGGCGAACGGAGUGAUCAAGCGCGAUCAAGAGAUCGUCUGUCCGGUUGAUGCGAGCGGUAAAUUCGUCGAGCCUGUGGCCGAUUUCGCUGGCCUGUAUGUGAAGGAUGCGGAUAAAGCGAUAAUCAAGCUGCUGAAGGAGCGUGGCCGUCUUGUGCUGGCAUCGCAGGUUAAGCACAACUAUCCCUUCUGCUGGCGCUCGGAUACACCGCUCAUCUAUAAGGCCGUUCCAUCGUGGUUCGUGAGGGUGGAGCACAUGAACAAACAGCUGUUAAACUGUAGCUCCCAAACCUACUGGGUGCCGGAGUACGUGAAGGAAAAGCGUUUUGGCAAUUGGCUGCGCGAUGCGCGUGAUUGGGCCAUCAGCCGUAACCGAUACUGGGGCACACCGAUCCCGCUGUGGAUUUCGCCAGAUGGUAAGGAGAUCGUGUGCGUUGGCAGUAUCGAUGAGCUGGAACGCUACUCGGGAGUUCGUGUGACCGAUCUGCAUCGGGAAAGCAUUGACCAUAUUGAAAUCCCAUCGGCUGUUCCGGGAAAUCCACCGUUGCGCCGUGUACCGGAGGUAUUUGACUGUUGGUUUGAAUCGGGAUCUAUGCCUUUCGCCCAAAGCCAUUAUCCGUUCGAUAAUCCGGCCGAAUUUAUGAACAACUUCCCGGCCGACUUUAUUGCGGAAGGUAUCGAUCAGACGCGCGGUUGGUUCUACACGCUGCUCGUUAUCUCUACCGCACUGUUCAACAAGGCACCGUUUAAGAAUCUGAACGUUACCGGGCUGGUACUAGCGGCCGAUGGGCAGAAGAUGUCCAAGCGCAAGAAGAAUUAUCCGGAUCCGAUGGAAGUGGUCAACAAGUAUGGUGCGGAUGCGCUGCGUCUGUAUCUGAUCAAUUCGCCCGUUGUGCGUGCAGAGAACCUUCGGUUCAAGGAGGAGGGCGUACGGGACAUCAUCAAGGACGUGUUCCUACCAUGGUUCAAUGCGUUCCGAUUCCUGUUUCAGAACGUGGAUCGUUUCCAAAAGGAGGAAGGUGUACGGUACAGGUACGAUGCGGCCCGGCACGCCGAGAAACGCUCCACCAACGUGAUGGACGUGUGGAUAAUCUCGUUCAAGGAAUCGCUGCUUAAGUUCGUCACGGAAGAGAUGAAGGCGUACCGAUUGUACACGGUUGUGCCACGGCUGACCAAGUUUAUCGACCAACUUACGAAUUGGUACGUGCGCAUGAACCGCAAGCGUAUCAAGGGCGAGUACGGUGUGGACGAUUGUUACCACGCGCUGGACACGCUGUACGACGUUCUGUUGGCGAUGGUUAAGAUGAUGGCGCCCUUCACUCCGUAUCUGACCGAGUUUAUGUAUCAGCGGUUGCGGUUGCUUUCGAGCGAACCGAUGGAUGGUAGUGUCCACUAUCAGAUGAUGCCGUCCUCGAACGGGCGGUACAUCAACGUGCCAAUCGAACGUGCCGUUGCCCGGAUGCAGGCGGUCGUUGAAUUGGGACGGGUGAUGCGCGAUCGACGCACGAUGCCGAUCAAGUACCCACUGACGGAGGUGAUCGUGGUGCACCAGAGUGAGCAGUAUUUGGCCGACAUCCGUUCGCUGGAAGCGUUCAUACUGGAUGAGCUGAACGUGCGCCGCAUUACACUAAGCUCCGAGCGGCAACGGUACGGUGUUACGAUGCGAGCCGAAGCCGAUCACAAGACGCUCGGUGUGCGGCUAAAGAACGACUUCAAACAGGUGCUCGGUGCGAUCAAGCAGCUGUCCGAUGCGGAAAUUACGCGUCAGCUGGCUCAAGGCCACUUCGAAAUCGCUGGCCAUCGGGUAGAGCUUGAGGAGAUCCGACUUAUCUAUCAGUUUAGCGGCGGUAACGAAUCUUUCGAAGCGCACAGUGAUAAUGAUGUGCUCGUCCUGCUCGAUAUGACCCCGAACGAGGAGCUGAUGCGCGAGGGUACGGCCCGCGAAAUAAUCAACCGCAUUCAGAAGCUAAAAAAGAAGGCUAAGCUUAUCCCGACCGAUCCGGUACUGAUCUACUACACCGUAAGCGGUGGUGACAGUGAGGUGCGCACUGUUGCUGAAAGUCAUCGUAAUUUCAUCGUCGGAACGGUAAAGUCUCCGUUCGUGCCGUACGGACCCGAUGCUGCCUCGAAGCCGGUGCUGAUUGAAGAGUCGCAAGAGCUCAAGGGAAUCACGCUUACCAUUACCAUCUGUUCGCCACAGGAUCGUGAAAUCCCGGCCGUUCCUUGGGUGAACUUACAGCUAGACGAGACACUUGUUCCCCGUUACCAGCACGCCACUUCCACGCCGUCCCGAAAAGCUUCACUGCUGCUAACGGGUCGAGCAACUGGCAAACCAUUAACAUAUGAUCAGUUGCGCCAAGAGGUGGAAACGCUUUUUGGGCUGAAGGAUAUGGCUUUUAAUGUGCUCGCUGGAUCCGAUGGUCGACGGCUAGAGCAAGACACUUAUGAUCCGAAGGUACUUCAUCAGCAGACACUGUACGUGACGCUAGGGGAAAGUUUACCAGCGACAGGGUGGUCACCGUCCCGUAUGCCCUACGUCGCCUUUCGAAACGUACAAACGACAGACGGACGUAAAACGACCGUGUUCGAAGAGAAUCCGGUUGGUGUGAAACUAUCCGUGCCAGCACUUUAAGUGA